CCAGCGCAGCAGCUUCAUCAUGUCCGGGCGCGGGAAGCAGGGCGGGAAGGCGCGCGCCAAGGCCAAGUCGCGCUCGUCGCGGGCCGGGCUGCAGUUCCCCGUGGGCCGCGUGCACCGGCUGCUGCGCAAGGGCAACUACGCGGAGCGCGUGGGCGCCGGCGCCCCGGUGUACCUGGCGGCCGUGCUGGAGUACCUGACGGCCGAGAUCCUGGAGCUGGCGGGCAACGCGGCCCGCGACAACAAGAAGACGCGCAUCAUCCCCCGCCACCUGCAGCUCGCCAUCCGCAACGACGAGGAGCUCAACAAGCUGCUGGGCAAGGUGACGAUCGCGCAGGGCGGCGUGCUGCCCAACAUCCAGGCCGUGCUGCUGCCCAAGAAGACCGACAGCCACAAGGCUAAAGCCAAGUAAA